AUAAACAUAUACAUUCCCAUAAGUCAAGUAUUUCAGCUUCUUCUGUUGUGACAGGAAGUGACAUAUUUAGCAGCCAGUACUGCACAGGAUGAUGGGUAAUUUCUCUUGUACUUUAUCUCAGGUCAUCGGUUUAUCUUCUUCGUGUUCCCAGCAGCACAAACAUAAAUGAUUAUGAGCUGCCAUAUUGAUAAUGACUCAUCAAUCAUUUCCAGCCCAAUGAAAACCGGGCACAGAUCAGAUCCAGAGUCAGAGAGGACAGACACUCCAGUGUUCCUGAUCCUGGACCUCACACUGUCGAUCUGAACAAACAGCAGGUGAACUGGUUUCACGCAGGUGACAGGUGAGUCCAUGUUCUGUGCCGACAGGAAGUGGAAUCAGCAUUCAGAUGGAGGUUUACAUGAAGGUUCCAUCAGAGACCACUUUAGAAGCAAAUCUGGACUUUACUGAUCCAGAUCUGAUCAACAGUGAACGGAUGACUUUACUGCUCUCUGAUUGAUUGAUUGAUUGAUUGUGUAUUGAUCCCUGCAGCUGUCAGGAUGAAGCAGCGCCUGUCGUCUCUGGAGUUUCUCCUCUGCGUUGUUUCUUCUCUGCUUCUCGUCUGUUGUGUCGGACUGAUCGUGAUUUCGUGGAUCAGCCUGAGGCCUGAAGGUGCCGUUGAACCAGUGGUGCUGAGUGGCCGGAUGGUGAUCACAGAGGGAGCCGUGUUCUACGAGGAACUGAGGAACCGCAGCAGUCUGAUCUUUAAAUCUCUGGCCUUCGACGUCCAGCAGCUGGUGUCCAAGGCAUUCGCCCACACUGAGCUCAGACUACUCUACAAGUCCUGUCAGGUGCUAUACUUCAGUCGGGGCAGUGUGGCUGUGACCUUUGACCUCUGGUUCUAUCAGCUGAUUGAUGUGAAGGAGGCGGAGUUGCUACUGGGGGCGGGGCUUCAGGAGGUAGACAGUGGAGGACUGGUGAUCGACAGAAGCAGCAUCCAGAUCACAGGUGAGUGUGAGGUCACUGUGAGUUCACAUGUGACACUGAAGCUAAAAUACUUUGAAACUAGAAACCAGAUGAGACGACUGUCACACCCGGGACUGUCACGCCCGGGACUGUCACGCCCGGGACCGUCACGCCCGGGACCGUCACGCCCGGGACCGUCACGCCCGGGACUGUCACACCCGGGACUGUCACACCCGGGACCGUCACACCCGGGACCGUCACACCCGGGACUGUCACACCCACGACAGGUGAGAACAGGUCAGGUGUCUGGUUCAUAUUCAGCCUCCUGCUCACUGUCUAAUACUUUCUAUGUCUCCACAGUGACGUGUCCUCCUAAUAAGGAAGCCUGUGCUGAUCGAUUAAUGUGUGUUCCAAUUGAUCGGUUCUGUGACGGAGUGGAUGACUGUCCAGAUGCUUCUGAUGAAGGCGCCGCUCGCUGUGCGACAGCAUGUGAUGGACAGUUUGUACUAAGAGGACCGAACGGCUCAUUCAGUUCAUCAGACGCUUCUGAGAGCUACAACAGCAGCAGUGAAUGUCGCUGGGUCAUCAGGGUCGACCGAGGACUGUCAGUUCAGAUCAGCUUCCAUCACUUUGAAACAGAAGAAAACGUCGACACUGUGAAACUGUAUGAAGGAGUGGGAGGAGUCAAACGGCUCACAGCUGAGCUCUCAGGCUCCGCCCCUCCUGGGACUGUGUGGCUGCUGACUGACCAAUCAACUGUGGAGUUUAUCUCUGAUGAUGUCAACAACUUGUCAGGGUUCAGCGCCACCUACAGGGCAGCCAACACCUCCAACCUGUCCAACCAACAGAAGCUCACCUGUGCAUUUGAGCAAGGCAUGUGUUUCUGGAGGAAGCAGCAAGACCCGGAUGAUGGAGACUGGAUUCGAACCAGCGGCUCCACGUUUCCUCCGCUGACGGGCCCGAGUGUCGACCACACACUGGGAAACAGCUCAGGUUUCUACAUCGUCACACCUCUGAGUCCCGGCCAAUGGCUGAAGAGCUUCAGGAUCUACAGCCUCCCUCUGACUCUGCCCACACAGCCCAUGUGUCUGAGCUUCUGGUACCACAUGUUUGGAGAGGACGUUCACCACCUUCGAGUCCUGCUGCUCCCGUUGUCCCGGGCACAGCCUGAACCUGCCGUUUCCGUGGUGUUUCAGAGAGACGGUAACUAUGGCGACAACUGGAACUACGGCCAGGUGACCCUCAACCUGAUGACUGAGGCCAGGGUUGUGUUUGAAGCUCUAAAGAAAGGAGGGAUGUGGAACGACAUCGCUCUGGAUGACAUCACACUGACCGCUGCUCCCUGUGGCCCCGCUCCCCCUGAGCCAACCAAUGUACCGCCUCCGACGACCACUCCCCCUAUACCAGCUGACUGUGGAGGACCCUUUGACCUCUGGGAGCCAAAUUCCACCUUCAGUUCACCAAACUACCCACAAUCCUAUGGGAACAAGGCUCAGUGUCUGUGGACUCUCCACGCUGCGGAGGGAAACAUCCAGCUCCACUUCUUGGACUUUGAUGUUGAAGCGACCUAUGACGUCGUAGAGGUGCGGGACGGGGCAGGGCCUAACUCCACCUUACUGGCCUUCCUCACUGGCAGUGAUGGCCCCGCCCACGACUUGUUCUCAACAACCAAUCAGAUGACAGUGUGGUUCUUUACAGACAGCUCAGGACACGGUCGAGGAUUCAGAGCCAACUUCACCUCUGGCUUUGACCUAGGGUCACCAGCUCCGUGUGCACCUGGACAGUUCCAGUGUCAGACAGGAAGUUGUAUCCACGCCAACAGUCAGUGUAACUCUGUGGUGGACUGUCCUGACGCCUCAGAUGAAGCUGACUGUGUUGUGUUGCAGGUGAACGGUUCCAGUCGUCUCCGGUUUCAACUCGUCUCUACUCUGUUCACUGUGUGUGCCGACACCUGGAAUCCUCACCUGUCUGACUUCACCUGCCAGUACCUGGGAUACAGGUCUGGAGAAGCGUCGCUGCUGCCGGCUCUGCCACAAGAUUCACCCUUUACAAACGUCACAGUCACCAGUAACGGAACACUGGAAACCACCGUCAGUGAAACCUGUCACAGUGAGAAAGUGAUAUCGCUGAACUGUGAUAACCAACCUUGUGGACUUCGUCAAGUCACUAAUGUCACCAGAGGGACGGACCAAUCAGAAGAGAGGAAACCGGGUCCUGGUGAGGCCCGAGUGGUGGGUGGAGCUAAUGCGGCAAAGGGGGCAUGGCCGUGGAUUGUAUCUCUGCAGUGGCAGGGGCGUCAUAUGUGUGGAGCCACACUGAUUGGCCGUGACUGGCUGCUGACUGCUGCACACUGUGUCUAUGGGAAGAACAUCCACCUCCAGUUCUGGUCGGCUGUUCUCGGUCUUCAUGCUCAGACAAACAUGAACUCAGAGGACGUUCAGACCCGAGCGGUUGAUCGCAUCGUCAUCAACAGACAGUACGACAGACGAAGCAAACAGGCUGACAUUGCCAUGAUGCACCUGCAGCAGCCAGUCAACUUCACCCAGACCAUCCAGCCAGUGUGUCUCCCUGCUGAAGGUCGGGACUUCGCAGCUGGAAGAAAAUGUUUCAUCGCUGGCUGGGGACGUGUCGCCGAGCAGGGUUCCCUCCCUGACGUUCUCCAGGAGGCCAAGGUUCCUCUGGUGGUCCAGGAUCAGUGUCAGCGUCAGUUACCUGAGUACACCAUCACCUCCAGCAUGGUGUGUGCUGGAUUCCCUGAGGGAGGGGUCGACUCCUGCCAGGGUGACUCUGGAGGUCCACUGAUGUGUCUGGAUGAUGGACACUGGACUCAGAUUGGUGUGACCUCCUUUGGGAUUGGCUGUGGGCGUCCUCAGAGCCCUGGAGUCUACGCCCGAGUCUCUGCGUUCUUCUCCUGGAUCGCCCAGACCCGACGCUCCCCCCCCCCCCCCCCCCCCACCUCUGAUACCGCAGUUUUCUUUCUCUUGUUUCUGGUUUGAAGUGGGUGGGGCUCACCUGGAUAAAGGUGACAUCUCAUGAUUCUGUGCCCAUGUCAGGAAACUCUCUGAACUGUCUGACUUUUCUUCUGACUUCAUCCUCACCUCAUUAUUAUUUUAGUGGCUCUACUUCAUCUAUUUUCAUCCCAUGUUUUCUUAUCUCAACAUUUCACUUUGUUUGUUUUGUGUUUGUGGUUAAAAGAGGAUUUAUCCUCCAUGUGUUAUAAAUAAAGUUGGUUUUAAAAAAAGUCUUCAUGACCUCUCCUUCUUUCCUUGACCUCAUGACGAAAGGUCUUUAUUUUUCUUAUGAAGGUUCAAACUGAGUGAAAUGAC